UGUUCGAGCGGGAUCAGAAAAUUUCAAAGAUGGAGGAUUGACUCAAAACAUUGACACCGGAUGGUGGAAAAAAAUACGAAUACAGCUACAUGUGUCAGUAAUGACACUGACUAAGUUGCAUAAAAUGCAUGACAUGGACUGGUCCAACACCCUGCGAAAAUUCCUAAGUGCUAAACGCGUUCGAAGCAUCCCUAAAGAUAACAAUGAAGAAAUAGAAGAGUUCACCAAACUGUACAAAGAAUGGAAAGGUCUUGGUGAAAAUUAUAAAAAUGUACCAAGUCUGUAUGUGAAGUUGCCGUCAGAAGAUGAGCCCCUGUUGCUAAAACUAAGGGAAGAAUCAAGGGCUGUUUUUUUACAACGGAGAAGCAGGGAAUUACUGGACAAUGAUGAGCUACAGAAACUGUGGUUCCUCCUGGACAAGCACCACACACCACCACUGCUGGGCGAGGAGCAGAUGAUCAGCUAUGAGGACUUCCUACAGGUCGGGAAGGAGGCAGGAUUGAAGUGCAAACCAUUUUUUCAUGCAACUGUGUUCAGCAAGCUCCUCCAGUCUGAUCCGUUCGGGAGGAUCUCCAUCAUGCAGUUCUUUAACUAUGUGAUGAGGAAGGUGUGGCUCCACCAGACUCGGAUAGGACUGUCACUCUACGAUGUGGCUGGUCAGGGAUAUCUCAAAGAGUCGGAUUUAGAGAACUAUAUAUUGGAACUGAUACCCACACUGCCACAGUUGAAUGGUCUGGAAAAGUCCUUUUACUCAUUCUAUGUCUGUACAGCUGUGAGAAAAUUCUUCUUUUUGACCCUGGACCCUCUGCGAACUGGCAAAAUCAAAAUACAAGAUAUACUUGCAUGCAGUUUCUUAGAUGAUCUGUUAGAGUUGCGUGAUGAGGACCUAUCCAAAGACAUGCAAGAAUCCAACUGGUUCUCUGCACCAUCAGCACUCCGGGUAUAUGGGCAGUAUCUCAACCUGGACAAGGACAGGAAUGGGAUGCUCAGCAAAGAGGAACUAGCAAGGUAUGGUACAGGGACCCUGACAGACGUGUUCCUCGACCGAGUGUUCCAGGAGUGUUUGACGUAUGAGGGGGAGAUGGACUACAAGACAUAUCUGGACUUUGUGCUGGCCAUGGAGAACAGACGAGAACCUCAAGCUCUACGUUACCUCUUCCGGAUCCUUGAUGUGCAACAUAAGGGCAAUCUUAAUGUCUUCUCUCUCAACUACUUCUUCAGGGCUAUCCAGGAGCAGAUGAAACUUCAUGGUCAAGAACCUGUGUCUUUCCAGGAUGUGAAGGACGAGGUGUUUGACAUGGUCAAACCAGCCAACCCUCUGGCCUUGUCUCUACAAGAUCUCAUCAACUGUGGCAAAGGGGACACAGUUGUAAGUAUCCUCAUCGACCUGAAUGAUUUCUGGACCUAUGAGAACAGAGAGUACUUGAUGCCUGAGAUGAGCGAGGACUGACUAUAGGCCAGUAUAGGAAGAUCGGGAGUGCAUAUCUAGGUCUCACAAUGUCAAGCAUGCUUUUCAACUGAGGCUAUUCUGGAAACCUCACUAGAGAAUGAAAGUGUUUGUGGAUGUGAUUUGUGGAGCAUCCAAAUACAUUUGUAAAACUUUGCCUAAGAAGAUGGUGAAGAAUUGAUCCAUACACAGAAUGGACCGAGACUCGCAUCAUUCCAGUCUGGUGUCCGUCACUGCCAGCAGUGUAAUAGUCCUCAUGUGUCAACAAUGCAAUUGCCUUCAUUCCAGUCACCACUAUCUGGGAACAUGGUCAUCAUUCUCACACAUUGCUCAUUGCUCGUGCCAGCUACAGUAGUCGUAAUCAUGUCGCAACUGAGUCCCCAGGGAUCACUGUGUUUGCUAUCAAUCAACUAACCACUCAACAUUCACAUCCUCGCUCACCAAUCUGAAUGUACAUGUUGAGUAGUUCUGUACUUAUAUGUUCCCUUCCAGUCUUUACAGUUUGAUUCCCUUUUUGUAUAUUGUGUGUGUGUGAAUGUGCACCCCCUACAAGGAGUUAAGCUCAGUAAUUGUAACCCAUUGUGUAUAGCAGUAAGAUCAUGUGAAAAUACUGUCCAUUUACCUUGUCUAUGCCUGUGUUUCUGUAUUGCUUUGCUGAAUGGGGUCCUAUGUUUUAGAUUGAAGGGAACAAAGGGUUGCUCACAUAUGUUUUAUGCUUGCAAUGGGAAAUGUUACAUUCCUCAUAUAAUUGUGGUUAAAGAAGUGGUGCUGGGGAUAUCCUGGAGUUUGAUAAGUAACUAGUAUAUAAAUGUGCUUAAGAUUUGGCUUCUCUACCUACUUUAACGUUAUACCCCAAUCCGUUAGAAACAGUACUUGAAGAACGUAUUUGUGACUAAUUGUCAUUCUCACAGAUGUAUGUUAUAUAUUGUAUUUCUUGAACAGAAGCCUUCGAGAAAGUUGAAGUGUGAAACAUAUUCCAUUAGUUUCAGUGACUGCAAUACCCUUAUGAGAUAUUUCUAUACAUCUAUGUAAAAUUGGCAGAAACCGGCCCAGUCAUCUAAGGGUGAUGCAAUUCACUUAGGUGUGAAACCUGUGAUUGAGGGGGAUUGAAAUUCUGGUUACGGCCUGAUUAUGUUUCUCAGUUUCUCAGCACCAUAACCAUUGUUAUGUGUUCCGACAAAGUGGUAAGCAUUUAAGAUCACUCUGGGCUUUCCUCCCACAUCAAGCUCUACUAGUAACUGAAAUACAGUUCAAAGCGGCAUUAAACCCAACUCAGUCACUCACUCUGUGUUAUAUUACAGGGGAUUUGUUCAGUAUGGAAGCCUGUUCAUUUCCUGUCACCUUGUUCUGCAUGGACUAUGAGUACAGAAAGAGUCUGAAAGAUGAGAUGGACGAAUUCCAGCAAUAACAAUGUCAUCAACUUACACAAUGUUGUCAAGUUGACUUAGUGCUUCUCUGUUAGUCAUGACACAAAACAGUUACUAUGGUUACCCACAUUCUGUGAUGCCAAAAUCAUCAUACAUUGCACUGCAUUUGCAUCAUGUUUAUCUUGUAUAUUUCC